AUGGCAUCAACCGCUCCACCCGCCCCCAUACCCACCGUCUACCGCCUCGUCUUCUGCUGGCUAGAGCCCGCUUCCAUCCUUCUAGGUGCCAUCUACGCGUUUUUCUUCCAAUCCACCUACCUGGACUUGACCCAUGCAGCCAGCUCGCCGGGCCUCCCGGUUCCAAUCUCAACAUCCAUAGUCAUGUCACAGUUAGCGAAUCUGUACCUUGGACUUGCUUUUUUGGAAGCCUCGAUCCUGCGCGCCACGGCCGACGUCAAAGUCUGGAAGACCUUCAUAGUCGGUUUGCUGCUCGCCGACCUAGGCCAUUUGUUCUCUGUGUUGCCGGUCGGAAGCGAGAUCUACUGGGCCUUUUGGCGAUGGAACGCCAUCGAUCUGGGGAACGUCCCGUUCGUCUACUUCCUAGCGGUGACGCGCAUUUGCAUGCUUCUUGGCGUCGGCUUCCAGAAGGAAGGUGUGAGAUCGAAGAUGACAUGA